AUGGAAGAAGAUGAAGAAUACAUUGAAAACACCUGGACUUAUGUUACAUUAUGUGGUGAACCAACUCUCUAUGAAGGGCUACGAUUCGCAAAAGAUUUAGUUUUAGCAAAUCUUUGUUUACGUUUUCUUAUACAGUACAUUCCUAUGCCUCAAAAUGUGAGACACAGUGUUUCGCUGGUUUUGGGAAGUUUUCUGUUGUACUUCAACAUUGGACCUGCUUCAGUAUGGACUGUAGGAAUAACUGUUGGGUCAUAUGUUUUAAUUACUUUUUUAUCAAUGUUUACAAAAAGAUAUAGAGGGCUUAUAGUGUCUAUUUGUGUAAUUUUAUUUUUGUUGCUUUGUGAAGUAUAUGUAGUAAAUCCGAAGAUGUGGCAGCAAAUCAGGGGGGUACAGAUGAUAGCUGCCAUGAAAAUUAUUUCAGUUGCAAUUGAGUUGGAUAGAGAUUUAUUUAAACAAAUGUUAAAUCCAAUAGAGUUUGGUGGAUACAUAGUCUGCCCAGCUAAUUGUAUUUUAGGACCAUGGAUAUCAUUUCAUACUUACAAUCAAUAUCUUGAUAUAAAAUUCCUAUCAAAAAGGUGGAUAAAAAUAAUUUUAUGUAAUUUAUGUCUGUCAAUGAUGUUUUUAGUGCUAUCAAAUUGUAUAGUGCCUUGGUAUAUUGAUGAUGAUGUAACAAAAUGGCUAGUUGCCUACCGUGAUGCUCAAGCAUUUAGAAUGUCACAUUAUUUUGUAUCGAGCAUGUCUAUUGUAUCCAUGACUAGUGCAGGAUUUGGUUUAACUAAUGAUUGCCAUUCAGAGCUACAAGUAACUAAGCCUUUUUUUAUUGAACUACCGAGAUCAUUAGUACAAGUUGUUAUAUUUUGGAACAUUCCUAUGCACCAAUGGUUAAAGAACUAUGUAUUUAAAACUUGCCAACCUUAUGGCCAGUUUAUUGCUAUCUUUACAACAUACACCGUAUCCUCUUUGCUCCACGGCCUUAACUUUCAAUUCUCUGCUGUUUUAUUAAGCAUUGGAACAUUCUCAUAUGUAGAGUAUAAUUUUAGAUACAAAGUCGCAUCUGCCUUAGAAGUUUGUUGUCUUGCAAAUCCUUGUGUAAAACAAUGUGAACAUAAGUAUAAGAAAAACAGUUUUUUGGCUGUAUUUGUCAACACUUUGUUCUCUUUGAUAACUAUGAUGCAUCUUGCUUACCUUGGUGUGAUGUUUGAAGCAUCUUUCUCAUUACAAGAAUCCGGUUAUUCUUAUUUCCAUACAAUAAACAAAUGGGAAAAUUUAAACUUCUUCAGUCAUGGUCUUGCAGUUUUUAUGUAUGUAAUAUACUUAAUGAUGUGA